GUCUUUGUGAGUUGAGGGUCUGAGUGUUUCCCCUGCCAAGAAAUGAACAUGCGAUUCCAUCUGGUACCUGCGUUUUGUUACAAACAAAACAAUUUAAACGAAGAAACAUUCUGCGGGUCUCACUCACUUACACCCACUGAACCUCUGCAAAACAUCAUCAUCUCGGCCGAGUACAAAAUGACAAUCGCGACUGAGGCUUUUCUCCCAAAAACUCCACGAUCUAUCGAUCAUCUCAUCCGUCGAUAGUUUCUCAAUAGAUCCGAUACGAACUGCUCUGACAGCAAAAGGAGGCGUACGCAGUCCCUCCCCUUUCUCGACGCCACGGCGCGAAAAGUGGUUUAAAUUACAGUGGCGCUAAGAAGGUGGUUGACUGGGGUGCAUUUGUUAGGCCAGAUCCGUAGUUCAGCUGGUCAUGUCUGCUGUUACGGUAGACGGUGAAGUGAGGGCUUGAAGGUCGGAUUGUCGGCAUUGGCCAAGAUUGUUGGUAGACGUCAUUGUUUGUCGGCUUCUUUGAGGGCGUGAGUUGGUGAUGAGGGAUCAGUGUUGUGGAUGGUGGUGGCGUUAUGAGGCGGUUGAUGGGCAUGGGAUUUGGAGAAUGCCUUCAAAGAACACUCUCAUUUCUCACGUUUCAGGAACCGGCACGUCUCCCACUCACCGAGACACUCCCUCCUAUCACCAAAACCACUACUGCUUAGGGUUAUUACUCUCCGUACUCUGCCCUAACAAAACCCCAUCCUCAGCAACCCUUACCAGGCUUACCUGUAUGUUUCAUUUUAUUUCCCGUAGCGUUUAUGAACCAAAGCGCCACCAAACGGUCUUCACCCCUGACUAGCCACCCUCCUCCCCACCACAACACCGCAAGCUAUCGAUUCUCCCAUCCCCGAACCGUAAUAGCUUCACCCGGGUCACGUCCAGAUUCAGAAGAUGGCUACAACGGUACGGCGCACUUUGAGGAUCUUUGGCGCCCAAGUGACUUCGCUUGCUGGAUGGAUCGUGCCAGCGGCGAUGGAGGUGGACGGAUCGGUAAUUAAGCCAAGAAUUCGAUGCAAGACUCUUUAUAUAUCCGGCUAUCGUACGUUCGUUCGCUUUUGUGACUGUUCGUCAGCGGUAAUAACUCUCUCUUUCUUUUCUUGCUGUUGCUGUGCAUAUUACCCCGUCACUCUUUUGACUUGACUUGAUACCAACUACAUUCCACUCACUCACUACACGAGGAUCUUUUAUUCUCACUUACAAUCGUUACAUCUACUGUAAUAGCUUAAUACCCAUUUCCCUCCACAAUGCCUUCCUUAAAGGUCUUUGCAGCCAUCUUGGCUGCUCUGGCCGUGGCCGACGCCAGCCCUUGUAAGCCCAAGCCCGUCACAACGAGUGGUUCAACCGCUGCCGUUGUGACUACUUCUGGCUCAACCGACAUUCUUUCUUCCACUGUUACUACUGAGACUGCUGCUACCACCACCACUGAGGCUGCUUGUUCUCACUAUACUCCUUACACUGAGAUCAUCCCCGCUGAUUGCGGCAAGACUGGUGUUGCCCCCAACUGCGCUGACAAGGUCAUUGGAUCUCCUAUCACUGUUACCGACUAUGCUGCCUGUGGUAACACUUGUGGUAUGACUGUUGGCUGCAAGUCUUUCUCCAUCAAGGAUACUUCUUGUACCCUGUACAAUGCCCCCGUUUCUUCACUCGGAUAUACGUUCAACGAGGGCUCUGAUGCUAGCCACUUCUAUGACCUCGACCUUUGCUUCGGAUGUGGUGAGGGCACAACUACCUCUGGUACUGAGACUGCCACUGGAUCUCAGACUACUUCAUAUGAGACUGAGACCUCCGCUACUGGUUCUGCUACCGAGACCACUGGCACUGUUUCAGCUGGAACUACAACUGCUACCGGCUCAGAUACAGAGACUUCAGCUACUGGUUCCGAGACUGGAACAACAACUGCCACAGGAUCUGAGACCGAGACUUCUGGUACAGCCUAUGCUACGGGCACAACCGACACUGAGACCUCAGCCACUGGCUCUCAGACCGAGGCCACAACUGCUCCUGGCGCUACCACUGAGACCUCAGCUACCGAGACUCUCACAGCCAACACAGACACAACAACAGCCGCUGCCACGACUACAACCUCCGCCGGCUGCACAGCCUAUACCCAGGUUGCCAACCCCCCUGCAUCCGACUGUGCCGUCCGAGGCGCUCCCAACGGCUUCGCUGCCUUCAUGGCCCAGCUCAUUGGCAUCCCUAAUCUCGACAUUGAAGAGUGUGCCCGCCAGUGCGGUAUGUACCGUAGUUCCACCGUUGUUAAUGAUAAGUGUCUCUCAUUCGGUCUGGACGCAAGCAACACUUGCUACCUGUACAAGGUCCAACUUAGCACCUUGAAUCCCGAUACGGCCGGCACUCCUGCCCUUGAGUUGUAUGACUUUGAGGCUUGCUAUUCUUGUGAUGAGGGUAGUUCUACUACUACUGAGAGCGGAACAACAACUACUGAGGCUGGAUCUGGUACCACUACCACUGCUGCUGGCGUUGACACUACUACCACCGAGGCCGGUUCUGACACUACCACCACCACAGCCGCUGGUGUUGAUACCACCGCUACUACCACCACUGAAGCUGGUGCUGGAUCUACAACCACUGAAGCUGCUUCCACCACCACCGACUCCGUCUGCACCGGCUACACUCCCGUCCCCAACCCUCCCGCCGCAAACUGCGCCGUCAAGGGCAAGUCUAACAAGGACUCUCUCAACGACAGCCCUGGUACCAGCGCCAACGACUGUGCCGCCAAGUGUAGCGAGAUUUCUGGCUGCAAGUCCUUUGCUUACAAGGCUUCUGCCAACACUUGCACUUUCUGGGGUCUCACUGUGAGCCAGCUGCAGAUCGACAGCUGUGCUUCUGCUGAGGAGUCUGAGUUCUACGAUUUUGAGGUCUGCUAUGCUGGUUGUGCUCAGGCUACUACCACCACUGAGGCUGCUGUAUCUACCACGACAACUGAGGCUGCUGUUGAGACUACUGCUACCACUACUACUGAGGCUGGUGAGGGUUCUACCACCACCACUGAAGCUGUUGUUGCUUCUACAACCACCACCGAGGCUGGUGAGGGUUCAACCACUACAACUGAAGCUGGCGCUGCUUCAACCACCACUACCGAGGCCGGCGUUGCUUCUACCACCACUACUGAGGCUGCCUCUACCACUGAAGCUGCUUCUACCACUGAGGCUCCUACAACCACCACAACCGAAGCUCAGUCCACCACCGAAGCUCCCACCACAACCACCGAAGCCCCCGUCUGCACCAACUACAUCCCUCUCCCCAACGCCCCCUCAACCUGCGGCAAGCAAGGCAAGGUCUCCUGCCGCUCCACCCAGAAGCUCGGCCAGGCCACGGCCGUCACCGACGUCAACGCCUGCGGCAAGCUCUGCGGCACAACCCUCACCUGCAGGACCUUCUCCUACAGCCCCAAGUUCCGCAGCACCGGCGGUUACUGCCAGCUCUACUCCGCACCCCUCUCCCAGCUCAGCUUCACCCCCUGCAACACGGGCGUCAAGUUCUACGACCUCGAUACCUGCUACACAUGCUCCAACACUCCUACGCCUACACCGCCUGCUACGUGCUCCAAGUACGUCCCUGCGUUUGAGAAGUGCGCCAAGGACACGCACUGCGGAACGCGCGGUGAGAUCUGCCAGGAGGACAAGAUCAAUGUUGCGGGCGAUGCGUCGUGCCUUGAGAACUGUGCCAAGAGCUGUAUUGACUAUGGAAAGGAGUGCAAGUACUUUAGCUACCAGCCUGCGUUCUACAACAGCGCUGCCAAGUGUAAGCUGUACAAGGGUGGAAAGAUCAAUAAGAAGAGCACUUCUUGGGUCCAGUUCUACGAGCAGGAUUGCUUCAAGUGCCAGCAAUCCAAGUAAGCACUGCCCAUGAUGGAAAAACGGAUAGAAUAUGGGUUUGGGGGGAGGAGUCGGAGAAAAACAUUCUUUUCAUAUUCUACGACUUUGAACGUUAGCAUUUUUAUGUAAUUACUUGUUACUUUUUUGUGUCUAUUUUAGAUGGACAUAUGAUAUAUACACUAUGACUUGGGCAACCAUUUACUUGUCCCUGAUCGAUCCCC